AAUCAGUGUCCGCUUAGGCGAGUAUGAAAUAUCAAAAAAUAUCAAAAAAGACUGUUCUCAUGGAAAGGCUAUAAAAACGUGUACACAGCAUAUGGAUUUUAAAAUCAGUACUAUCGUAACCCAUCCUGAUAAUAAUCAGACCACAGGCGUGAAAAACAUUGCACUAAUCAAACUUAAGACCCGAGCUCGAAGGAACAAAAACAUAAAACCGAUUUGCUUGCCAUUUAAAUCAGAAUUGUUACAUGCGCCAUAUGAAGAAGAUACUUUAACCGUUGCUGGUUGGGGUUUAACUGAAAAAGGUUUCACUUCCAAAAUUCUAAAGAAACAUUUAAUUUCUCAACGGCCAUCAGCUGCCUGUAAACUUGCCCAUUCAGAGGUGAAUGUGAGUAUUUCCAAAUUGUGCCUAGGCAGCAGCAAUAAACAAGCGUCAAAUGGUUGUGCGGACUCUGGAGGCCCAAUAAUUACGUUAAUAAAAGAUACGCCAGAUUUUUAUACUCAAAUAGGCAUUGUGCAAAUGGGUGGCGAAGAAAGCUCCAACUUUUAUGCCGAGAAUGUUUUCGAUUCCAUGGAUUGGAUAACAAGAGUUAUUGGAGAGAGCAAGUGAAGUGUGCGUCAUCCAGAAACUACUUAGAAUAAUAUUUUGUUUGGUUUAUGGUCAUAUACAUACAUAUAUUAUUUAUAUCUAUUUAAGUACUAAAAUAGUGCUAACAAAUCAUA